AUGCUCUCUUCAGGCACAACUCUACCUCAAAACUCCUCCUCAACCUUAGACCUUGAAAAUAGCUUAACGAAUCGCGAUAACGAUAAAGUUUUUCUCUCGGUUCAAAAUAAGACGACAGAUACCAAGCUAAAUACCUUGUCAACAUUGAGUAACACUUCGCUCGAUAAUACCCUUUAUUCUCUAUCCUCCUCCUCCACAACUACCAAGAAAAUGAGUUCUACGUCGUUAGAUGAACAAUAUCAUCGACAGAAAAGACGUAGGACUCUUUCAUUGCAGUCUACUCACAUAACUAAUCCAUUCGCUUUCGAAAGAGAAGAUUUAGAAUGUUUAUUAGAUCCAAAAAAUUUAAACCUUCUGAGGAGUAUCGGAGGUCUAGAUGGGCUUCUAAAAGGUUUGCAAACGGACCACAAAACCGGUCUAAGCAGUGAUGAAGUGAUUCUUCAGUCAAAUAUAACAUUAAAAGACAUAACGGAUCAGGAUCACAUCGAAUUCGGGAAACCGUCAACACCGGAUCAUGGUUCAAAUGCAAAAGAAAAAAAUUCAAAGAAUACCCCAUCCCCGAAGGUCCCUCCCGAAAUUCUGAAAGAGGGUACCCAAUUUUAUCAAAGGAUAUGCGUUUUUGGGAGAAACGUAUUGCCGACGAGGAAACCUAAGUCCAUAUUGAAGCUUAUGUGGAUGGCAAUCCAAGAAAAGAUUUUAAUACUCUUGACAAUAGCUGCUGUCAUCUCACUGGGUUUAGGUUUGUACGAAGAUUUUGGUACUGAACAGAAAGUGGUGGAUGGUGUGGCGCAGCCAAAGAUUCGAUGGGUCGAAGGCGUGGCCAUCAUAAUCGCGAUUGUUAUCGUGGUGAUGGUGGGAAGCUUGAACGAUUGGCAGAAGGAGCUUCAGUUUCAAAAGUUGAAUUCGAAAAAAGAAGACCGCCAAGUUAAAGUAAUCAGAGAUUCCAAGGAGACUCUUAUUUCGGUACAUGAUAUAAUGGUUGGCGACAUCCUACGAUUGGAGCCUGGUGACAUCGCUUCUGCGGAUGGCGUGCUAGUGUCCGGAUACAAUCUGAAAUGCGAUGAGUCAACUUCCACAGGUGAAAGUGAUGCUGUGCGAAAGAUGAAGUAUGAAGAUUGCAUAGAGCUGUUGGAUGUGGAAAGUGGUCCAUCCGAAUUGCAUGAUUCAAAGCCCGAUCCUUUUAUAAUAAGUGGAAGUAGGGUGUUAGAAGGUCUGGGUACCUACGUCGUGACUGCCGUAGGUGUAAACUCGUUUCACGGAAAGAUAAUGAUGUCUUUGCGGUCUGAUCCCGAAGAUACCCCGUUACAGGUGAAGUUAAACGACCUCGCAGAAAGGAUAGCAAAAUUAGGUGGUGGUGCGGCCUUACUUAUGCUCAUCAUUUUAUUGGUUAAAUAUUUUAUCGGUUUUCGUAACGGCAUACCAGAGACUACCACGGUAUUUGAUAGCCUAAUACAGAUUCUGAUCUCGACUAUCACGGUGGUGGUGGUUGCUGUUCCAGAGGGAUUACCGUUGGCCGUAACACUUGCCCUUGCAUAUGCAACGACGCGUAUGUUAAAGGAUAAUAAUCUCGUACGUGUGCUAUCAGCUUGUGAAACCAUGGGCAACGCGACGACCAUUUGCUCAGACAAAACUGGAACCCUCACACAGAACAAGAUGACCGUGGUGGUUGGAACGAUAGGAUUGGACGCUUCAUUUGUGAGAGAUUACGGGGAACAAGCCACAACUGAAUCACAUCAGGGUGGAAAUAAUAUAGUUUUUCAGAAGAAGACCAUCUCGGAUGCCAUCCUAAGAUUGCUGGAUGAGUCAAUUUCCAUAAAUUCCACAGCUUUCGAAGGAGAACCGGUGAACGGUCGACCCACUUUCGUCGGCUCGAAAACGGAAACUGCAUUGUUGGAAUUUAUUUUUGAUCUGAAACUCAGGGAUUACAAAGAAUUGCGUGAGAAUGCCAAUAUCGUGCAGAUGUUCCCAUUUAGCUCCGAACAUAAGGCGAUGGGUGUCGUUGUGCGUGAGGGUGGAGAGAAUUGGAGAUUCUUUGUGAAAGGUGCAAGCGAGGUUUUGUUGAAUAAGUCGGAGUAUAUUAUAAACACUGAUGACGAUGGUGUAAUCAAUCUCAACCAAGAGAAUAAGAAGGCAAUUCGGGAAAGAAUAGAGCAGUAUGCACUGGAGAGUCUGAGGACGAUUGCGUUGGGAUAUCGUGACUUUAAAGAAUGGCCACCAUUCGGCAUGAAUGACGAUGAGAUUUCCUUUGAAAAAUUGACCGAGGACAUUACAUUAUUGAGUAUAAUGGGUAUAGAGGAUCCACUGAGGGAGGGGGUGCGCGAGGCUGUACAAGAUUGCCAUAAAGCCGGCGUGAAAGUUCGCAUGGUCACCGGUGACAACAUUUUGACCGCAAAGUCGAUUGCCACAAAAUGUGGAAUUUACAAUGGUGGCAUCGUCAUGGAAGGUCCAGAGUUCCGUAAUCUGUCGCCGGAAAAGAUGAUGAACGUGGUACCUCAUCUACAGGUUCUGGCAAGGUCUAGCCCGGAGGAUAAAAGAAUUCUGGUUGGAAAACUUCGAGAGUUAGAUGAUAUUGUCGCGGUGACAGGUGAUGGAACUAAUGACGGCCCGGCAUUGAAAACAGCCGACGUGGGAUUUUCCAUGGGUAUUGCCGGAACAGAGGUUGCGAAGGAAGCAUCUUCCAUUAUUCUGAUGGACGAUAAUUUUUCGAGUAUAGUGAAAGCGAUCAUGUGGGGUCGUAGCGUGAACGACGCUGUCAAGAAGUUUUUACAAUUCCAACUGACGGUCAACAUCACCGCCGUACUACUCACCUUCAUUUCGGCCAUAUCUAGUGACAAAGAGGAAUCAAUAUUUACGGCCGUGCAAUUAUUAUGGAUAAAUUUGAUUAUGGACACAUUCGCAGCAUUGGCACUGGCCACGGACCCGCCGACACCAGAUCUAUUGGAUCGCCUUCCCGAACCCAGGAAUUCACCGCUGAUCUCUCUUGACAUGUGGAAGAUGAUAAUUGGUCAGAGUAUAUUUCAGCUGACAAUAGUCUUGGUAUUUUUGUAUGGCGGAAAUGAUAUUCUAGGUUACGAAACGGACGCCGAAAAAUCCGGACUAAAUACCCUAAUUUUCAACAUAUUUGUUUUCCUGCAGAUAUUUAAUGAAAUCAAUUGCCGACGUCUGGAUAAUCGCCUAAACAUACUGAAAGGAAUCACGGCCAAUACAUUCUUUCUAAUAAUCUUUUUAAUCAUGAUAGCUGGGCAAUUCAUAAUAGUAACAUUUGGAGGUGCAGCGUUUCAAACCCAAAAACUAAGCGUGGUGCAAUGGGCAAUAUGCGUCGGCCUGGGAUUCUUAUCCAUACCCGUGGGUGCAUUGAUUCGCCUGAUACCCAAUAAAAUCUUUAAAUCCAUAUAUUCCAAUAGGCAACAACAAGAAAAAGAAGUAUGGGAUGAUGCGGUCACGAAAAUUCAAAAUCAACUAAAGGUUUUCCAAGCGAUAAGGGGUGGAAGAGUGAGGGCACAUUUUGGCGACAGGAACAACAAAACAACACAGGGUAGUACGGUAGCAGCAAUGCUGCCAAGCUUAUUUUCGGCAUCGGUUGGAGCGGGAGGAGCAUUGGCCUUGAGAAACAAUUCGGGAACAUCAACCCGAAAUACGAGCUCCGGUCAAUUCGAUCUGACACCACGCAGACAAUCACGACAACCGAAGAUAUCUUCUAAUACGAGUGCACAACCGGGUAAUAGCGGUAAUGUAAACGAUGUGGUGUUGGAGGUAGAUGACAGCAUGGAAAUUCAAAGUAGUUCUUAG